UCGAUAGGCUGCGCCGUCGUCCGAAGCCUCUCUCUCUCUCUCUCUCUCAGAAAUACUCUCGCAGUGGGUUUAAACACAAAACCAGAACCCUUUGUUCUCCAAGAACAUGGCGACCAAAACCCUAAUCAAAGCAGGAGCUUCGUUGGUGAACCGGGUUUUCUCAAGCCCUAUUCUUCGUGUCCAGACACCGAAAUCGAAUCAGCACGCAGUAUCUCAAAGACUCCAGAUUACUCAGCCGCUAUUCCCUUCACUCUCCAAGCUCCAGCCUUCGCCCCAUUUGCCCCAAAACGAUGCCGAUUCGCUUUCUAGGCUUUCCUCUGAAGGAUUCCUCUACCCGUCUGGUCUCCCUUCUCUGCGAUUUUUCUUGCCCGACGUAGACUCAUCUAGUGAGCCGAUGCUCUUAUUUCCAAAAAGAACAUACCAACCUAGCACAAUCAGACGCAAGAGGACUCAUGGAUUCUUUGCGCGCAAGGCAACCAAGGGAGGUCGCAGAGUUAUUGCCCGAAGAAUAGCAAAGGGUCGUUCAAGAAUCUCAGCUUAGCUUCUGCAUUCAUUCAUUGCAUUGUUUUAUAAGGAAGUUAGAAGCUGACUCACUCGAGUGAUGGGUCAAAUAGCAGCACCCCCAGUUUCUUUGUGGUGGUUGCGCCUAUGCCCAUAACACUCUGCAGGAAGUUUGAAACUGCUUGUUAUUACUUGAUGGUAUUGAAUUGAUUUAAGUUGCAUGUUGGAAAGUAACAUCAUUCAUAUGUGCUGUAGAAUUUCGUGUUGCUCAAAAUAACAUGGAAACUUUUGUAGUUUCAGCAAUUAUCUGUUGUUGUCUUUUUGAUAAAGAAGCUCUGGUAGUUUCCUUUUUGAAAUAACACAUGAAGCGCAAUGAAGGCAAAGAAAGAAAUGUGCGAAUGGGGUAGAUACACAUCUGGUACUGGUGCAAAAACAAGCAAAUCUGCUUGAAAUUUCUCAAAUCAUUGUCAAAGGCUGCGGCAACUGGAAUCCUGUCAGCAUAUUGAUUUUGCAAGGUUAUUAUAGGGUGCAAGGAUAUGAUUUUGCGAGACAUGUUUUCUGACUUUCUGCCUUGGAUCAUUAUAAAACAUGAAACUUUUGUGUAA